AGUAUCUAAAAAAGGCCAAAACUGUCCGAACUCUCGUGAUUGAAUUCCCAAAUCACGUGAGGUUCGUCAGACGGCGGCCGAAGCAGCCCGCAAAAUGGCGGGAGAUGGAUCGAAGCGACCUCGAUCGCCACAUCCUCCAUCAAUUUCAAUUGUCAUUCAUCCUCCCUUGCUAAGCGCUUGGUCUAUCCAUCCAUUCUAGCUCUGGCUAGCUACUGAUAUUGGUGGUAUUGAACAGCCAAGAGAGACUUGGAGUGAGCUUUGCUGGUGUGUUGGCGUGAGAGAGGCGAAAAAAAAUGGCGCCAAGUUCUUCCUCCUCCUCCAGCCAAGCCGAUGAUGAGCAUUGGCAAGGUUCCGAUUAUCCUGUGGACAAUGACAAUGAUGCAAUGGUGUCUCGUGAACAAGCUCAAUUGGAAGAACAAGACUUUCUUCGUCGAAUUGCCGCCAGUUUGGAAGAAGACGAGGGAGAAGAAGAAUCUCGCGUGGAUCCAGACGAAAUAGCGUUUCUGCGUGGAAUCGAGGAGUCCUUGGGCCUACACCAGGCACCUUCUGCCAAUGAAUUUCUGUCCGAGUAUCCGAUUGAUCCUGACGUCGCGAUCAUGCCAGAGCAAGUAGGCAUCAAGAAGAAUCCACCCAUCGAAAUUUUGGAGGACAAGAAGCGAGAAGCCAUCGGAGUCGCUUCGCUGCCAGAGGAUGGAGCCACAACAGCAUCCGCCAGCACCACGGCACCCUUACACAAUCAUCAGAACAUAAGUGCAAAGAUGUCAGUGGCUCCUCCUGUCAAACGACCACGAGGAAGACCUCGAAAAAAUCCACUGCCAUUAGCCACAACCGACAAUCAUUCCAUCGCUUCGUCGACUCCUUCCUCCGUGGCUACAUCCACCAAUGAUCCUCCCAAAAAGAAGCGAGGACGGCCGAGAAAGAGUCCAUUGCCAGAGGAAAAACCGCCACAAGAAGAGCCCAAACGAAAGCGUGGACGUCCUAGAAAGAUACCCGCAAGUGAAGAGAAAGAAGCUCCUCCCAAAAAGCGUGGGCGACCACGAAAAACUCCAGUGGAAGUUUCCCAAUCCCCUCCACAAGACGAGACAACUGUACCUGCUGCUGCUAGUGCAACCACAAUCACUACUGCUACAGAUCCUCCCAAAAAGAAACGGGGACGGCCUCGAAAGCAUCCGUUGCCUCAGCAACAACCACAAGCAACAGCAGCAUCCAUUGCGGCAGCAUCUCAGUCACUCCAACGGUCCAGCAAAAUCCAAUAUUUAGCCACUCCCCAAGACACUAUUUGUUUUCCCAACAUGGUAGACCCCAGCCACUGGAAUGCACACGAUAUUCAACGACAGCUCCGACGCAUCACCACAGUUCCGUGGGAUGCGAGAUCCAGAACACGCGCUACACACAGUCUAGUGCAGGAACUGUCAUCCACCAGUCAAUCAUUAGAAGACUCGUUCAAUUGGGAUUCCGUCGCGGCGGCAGUCCACCAACGAAGCAUCCAAUGGACAGUACGACGAAGCUACAAGGAUAACAAGGAUGUGAAAAUGAUUGUCGUCCGUCAAUCUUGGCCCAAACAACUUUGUACCGUCGAAAUGUUUGAUCGAGACUGUUGGCAGCCAUUUUGCAAACAGGCGCAAUCCAGUGUCAAAUUUUCCACACGACAAAUCAUUGAAGAAGGCAUGUACGAUUUGUCACGGGUCUACGAAUCCCAUCAAGAUUUCGUGCGCGUCACUAUACAGGGACGCAGCGAUGUCGUGGAAGAGUUUCGACAAUUUGCCGACGAGACGAUUCGGACACAUUGGAUGCAAACUGUCGUCAUGGAGCUCUUGAAGGAUCCACAUCAUUUGGAAUUGGAAAUGAAACUGUCCAUUGCGGCGCUCUUGGCGCAUUGGGGUCAAAAUAUCGUUUUAGUGGAAGUGUUGCCAUCCAAAAAGAACACUGCUAGUGGUCGGCGUGUGCCUUGUCUGGGUCUAUGGAUUGACUCGAAUCAGUUGCUGUCUACAACGAACAGUGAAGAAGGAAGAGAUGACGGUCUGUUGGUAGGCUUGCAAGCGUUGUUUGGUGGGUCCAGAGAAGUCUUAGAAAGUCCCCAAUUCCUAGCUGUCAUUACACGAGUCGAUUAUCAGGAUUUCUCGACGCACAAGCAAUGGCAAAAACAACGGGAAAUCCUCCAGUUCACCAAGGAUACUGAUGUGACCGUGACUCUGGCGUUGUGUCCUUCGUUGGGAGGCAAAAUUGCAUUGGACCGCACCGUGGGAGGAGUGCGGCAAGGGAGUCCACAACAACAACAACAAUCACAGUUGCAGCAGUUGCAGCAACAUUACGAGGAAUCUGAAAAGAAAUCAGCGACGGAGCAGCAGCAAAAUGAACGAAAGGAGGAAUCUGAAGAGCAAGCGGCGGAGAAGCAUCAACACGUUUGCGACAACAAGGCAGAAAACCAAACGAAACAGCAGCCAGAAAAGCAGCAUCAGGAACGACUCAAAGGCCCAGACAAUGAAGUGAUGGAACAGAAAAAUGGCGAGCCACCAGUGGGUACGGUCAACAUCGCCGAUGCUGCUGAUGUCACUACCGUAGUUUCCGGUUUGUCGGUGUCGUCCGCUGGCAGUCGCAGUAGUAGUGGCGAAGGAGGAAGUGCCGCGCAGCAGCAACCACAAGAACAACAGCAGAAGGAGAAACGUGAUGAUGCGUACCAAAAGUUCAAGACCAAAUGCGCGGUCGUUUAUGACACGGAGUAUGCACAUAGUGAAAUCGGGUAUCAAUCCGUUAUCUCUCGAAUGUGGAUUCGGCACAAGGCUAUGUUCUCUGAAGAUUGUCAUGAAGAUUGUCCCUGCCUUCUCCGUCUUGAUGAACUCACAACAACGAUUGUACCUCAGUAUCACAAGAAGAAGGGGGAAUUGCCAAGAGGAUUAAAGGACGAAAAAGACUCCCCUGUAGGAUUUGUGAAUCACUUCUUUCCGAAGUUCAAGCCUCUAGUGGUAAAAGAGUUCCCCAAGGAAAAUCCAGGUCAAACUCUGGCUAGGUUGGUCAAGAUGUGGGAGUCGCAUAUUAGGCAGAGAGCUUUUGGUUCUCGAUGCGUCGAGAGUUGCUGCUGUAUCGAAGGUUGGAAGAGAGUGUUUCGUUGUGGAGAUGUUUUCACCAAAGCACCGCCAAAGAAGGAGAAGCCCAAGCAAUUUUCCGAUUUCAAGCUUCCGAGGAAGAGACCCAGGGAGCCGCUGGCCAACCACAACAAAGCCGGUGACGUGAACGAACGGACAACCAAACAACGCUUGGUGCCCAAUCUCCCCCAGCAGCCCAAGAAUCCUACAAACGAGAAGCCCAAAGCAGCGAGGGCCCCGGCUGCUGGCAACGGUUCAAAUCUACGAUCAUACAGCGUGGCUUUCGAUGCGAUUGACUCCCUUGGUUUCCUUUGCGUGACCGGGGAAGUGCAAGGCAGAAAGAUGUGUGUCAUUGCAUCUGUCGCCCCGUCUGGCCAGGCUGCUCAGCUGAGUAAGCUCAUUCAGAAAGGAAGUUGUGUUGAAUCGGUUGAAGUGUCCCAAAACGGUAGAGCUAUGAAAUAUGUCAUCGAAGGUCAUGCGGAUUUGAAGCAGUAUUACGAUCUGGAAAGGAGCAGAAGGUCCGAGCUAAAAGUUUGGUUUACCAACUUGAAUGUCCAGCUUCAGAUUCCUGGUGUCACGGGUGGAUCUGAUGAUUGGGCGAACGGGGGGAAAUGGAAGGUAUCAUCCGUUGAAGGUUGGGCAGGUGGGGCAAGCAUUGCCAAACCACCACCGCCAACACUGGGGCAAGAGAAGGGGCCACCACCAAACGGGCGAAACGGGGGCCAAACGGCCAAUUAUUAUCCCCAUGUAGCAAGACGCCCCGGUACAGAAACUGCGCAGCCAAAACAGGAUGGAAACAGUGUCAACUUGUGCGCUGCACGAGGCCCGAGUUCAGAUACAGCAGCAGCAGCCAUCCCUAAACUUGCAGAGCCCCGAAAACCAAAUCAUCGCAAUGGCUCCAAGCCUUUGUCGAUUUUUCGGGCUCCUGCAGACAAAGGCAUCAGAACUCAAAGUCAGAAAGUCCAGUUCAAAACAGAAGCUCACUUUGAAGAACGAUUCUACCAGCUAGGAAGCGAUCCAACCGAAAUCCAUUUGGUUUGUCCAGACGUUGUGGCUUUUCCGGUCGUACGCUCUCAAGUACACUCUCAAGAAGGCGUAGCCCAUGGCAGCACACAAGGCGACAACGAUCCUCCUGCCACUGAGGCGUCAGUACUCAAAUCCCUAGUCCAAGCUCUUAGAAACAAUAAAAUCGAGGGCCUUCUCGCGGCAUUGGAAACUGGGUUGGUUCGUACAGAUUCUAUUACCAGCAGUGGAGCAAGGUGGCUCGAUUCCGAAUACCAGUAUGCCAAAGAACGUAACCUGCCAUUGGUCAAGACAGUGAUUCGUACUUACAGAACCGCCGACCUUACAAUCACAGCGGCAAAAUGUCUAAAAUCGUGGUGCCGGUAUGAAGUGCGAGUGGAAAAGAUCGUAGGGGUCAAGUUGACCGAAAUUGGGGAGUUACACCCCGAGGCCCAAAGGUUUGAAGGCGUUGUUUCUCAUUAUGUGCACGGCAACCAGCAGAGACUUCAGGGACUUCCACCUAGGGACAUUCCCAUUACUGGUGAGGUGGAGUACCCUGGGAUGCCCGAAGACUUGUACUUGGUAAAUUUCAAUAGAGGGAUCUCGGAAGGCCGCACACUGGUGAUUGAACUCCGAUCUUCCGGAGGUGGGAAGAAGUUUUGCUCGUUAUCGCUGCCCAUUAGAGACAUCAGUGACCGCUGCUAUGUUUAUCACAAAGAGGUUGUGCUCGAGAGGCCAUUUAGCGACAGCUCGGUGUUUCGACGAGGCAUGAAAUUGCGACUGGUUGUCCGCAAAGUUCCUUUAGAGCCCAAUUUCAUUUCUGAAAGACGACGAAGAGCUUGUGCAGAUUUGUCCACAGUUGUGGAAUGGGUUGAUCGAUUCCAGAACGAAAACGCUUGGAAGCAUAGGUUGAGUGCCAACAUUUUGGGACCCAACAACUUUUCAUUGUUGCAUUCAGCUGUGGUGUUCCAAGAGCCAAGGCUUGUGAAGAAGCUCCUUGCCCGCGGAGCAGACCCCACUGCCAGAAGUGACACAGUGGGUUCCGCAGUGGCGUUUGCUAUGAGUAUCAAACAUCACAUUGAAGAGAGCAAGCUGGAAGCUGAGAGGCAAAAGUCAGAAGUGGAGCAAGAUUCAGACGAGGAAGAAAAGUCAAUGUCUUCAGAUGGGCAAGUAGCUACACAAAUGGUGCUAGAACAGGAAGAGAGGGCAUUGUCACCAGAGGAGCUUGUGGCUAAACAAAUUGCGCAAGAGCUACAGGCCAGAGCUCGACAUCUUGAGAGUCUCAACAAUCCCAGUGGAUCGAGUCUUGAUACCAGUACGACGCAACCAGGAGGGGCUCCAGAAGAACCGCAGAAAAAGGAAGUUGCUCAAAAUGAUGAUAGUGUGCAGCCCAUGUGUCAAGAUGAAAAGAAUGGUGCACAUUCGACGACAUCAUCGAGCGGUGAGACUUCUGAGAGCAAGGAAAACGCUCCUCCCAUGGCUAAAGCUCUGCCAGUGGCUUCCAGUCAAGAAGAUCAUCAUGUCGUCUUGUUUUGCAAGGCCGUUCUGAAUGGACGUGUUCGGGCCAAUGCUGAUUGGGUGGCCGAAAGUAUGGUUGCCUUGGCCUUUUACAAGUGUGCCAACACAAAAGCCAAGGAAAGUUUUGCCAAUGCGAGAAGCAACACAUUCAAUCAGUCUUUGGUGGAAUUUGGCCGCCGAAACCUCAAAGGAGAUGGGCGCAUGGUCAAAUGUGGUUUAGAAAAGCCACCGAAGGACUUGUCGAAUGAAAGGUUUGUUCGUCUGCAACAGGCUGGGCUGAUGUUGGCUCUUCACGGGGGUCGAAAGAAGCCAAAUACAAUAUCCACAUCCGUUGUAGAAAUUUCCACACGGGAAGCAACACAACAACCGCAAGCUGGGCUCAAGGACGAAAAGCGGAGUAACUCAACAGAAUCGCGCCUCCAACCACAGCAGACUGCUUUGCCACAACCGACAUCAGUUGCCACUGACAAUCGCCAGCAAUUUCCAUCCGCCUCCAACCCCUCACCAAAGUCCGCAGGAAGCCCUGCUCAUGGAGCUAGUAAAGACAUGUUGGACACCACGUCGGGGGAAACAACUCCCAAGAAGAGGCCAUCCUUGGAAGGAGUAGACAGUGCGCUGCAGGUUUUCCUUGAAUCUACUUGGUCCACUGAAGGCACCUGGGAGGCACAGGGAGAAUUGGCUUUGCGGUUCUACAGAAAUCUUGGCAAAAGAGACAAGAAAUCGCUUUUGAUCGCCAGAAAGAAAGCCACAGAACUGAAAUUGAUUGAGUGGGGUAGGAGGAAUCUCCGUGAACUGGGAGAACCUGUUGUACCUACCUAUCUAUCGAAAGAGGCUGCAAAGAAGCAGGGCUUGUCGCUGGAUACAUACUUGCGGCUAUCUGCUUUGGGUCUGGAAUUCAUUGAGGGCAAUGGGUUUCUUGCAAGUGAAGAGCAGCAGUGGAGGCAAGGUGGUGCUCUUAAUCCUUCCGGAGAGCAAUCCCCCGAGAGUAUUGGCUCUUUCACCAGUCUCGAUAGUCGCCAACCUCCAGCAGUGUUGCAACAACCAAUGUCAGUUGCGCAACAAUCUUGCCCGGCUUUCGACACUUCAUCAGGGCCUACGUUGAAACUGGACUCAAGCACAAAUAAUGUCACGGACAAUGGCAAGACACCACCCAAGAAGAGGCCAUCUUUGCAAGGAGCCGACGGAGCAUUGCAAAUGUUCCUGGAGUCUACUUGGUCAGGAGACACUGGAGGUGCUUGGGUUGCACAGACGACGCUGGUUGAGCGCUUCUCCCGCAGAAACGGUGGCAAGGACACCAAAGCCAUGUUCUUAGGAAAGAAGCAAGCCACUGCUAAGAAAUUGGUGGAGUGGGGCCGGAGGAAUCUUCGUGCAGCAGGUCAGCCCAUUGUACCAUGCAGCUACCUCAAACCAGAUGAAGCCCAAAGGAAGGGAUUGUCAUUGGAGACAUACAUUCGAUUGUGUCCCUCAGGUCGGAGAUUCAUUGAAGCCAAUGGUUUCCCAGGUUCUGAAGAGGCUCAAGAGCUGCAGCAUAGCGUGAACAACAGCAGUCCGAACCUUGGUAGUGGAGGACCAGAACGACGAGGCAGCCAAAGCAAGGGGGUGCAGGUACUAGUGCCUUCUGAAGAGGACAUGAAGUUGUUUCUGCAGUGCAUUUCCAAGGGCUGCCAGAAAGGCCUUCGGGCCAAUCUCGAGAGUGCGGUUUCAACCUUCCUUCGGGCCGUGGAGGACAGAGAAGACAGUGGAGCCUUGUUGUUGGGUGUUCUCAAAACCUCUGCCACCAAGGACCUCGUUGAUUGGGGCCCAGAGAGAAACAUGAUUAUGUCAGAGCCGAAUCGAUACCGAACGCUACCACCUGGAUAUUGCAUCCGCUUGACGUCGGAAGGAUUGACGAUGCAAAACCGCAGCAGUUCCGCAGACGGCAGCAGCAACGAUGAAACCGUCCAGCAGCAUGGCUCGAGGCGUAAUAGUUUCGACGCCACCUCACCCGGUGGUGACAACCAUCGUCCAGAACGCCGAGGUUCCAUCACGGAGGCUCAUCCGAGGUUUACCCCACCGAAUGAACUCUACGCGUCCACCCUGGACCGAAACAGUGCUGCUGCACAGGCGAGUGCCACUUUGCCAACGCUGAAGUCUCUGGACGAGCCGUCGGGAGGACGAGGGUUCGGGACGACCGCGAACGACUCUGGAGUGGAUCAUACGUUGCCCAACACGGAAAAUGGUCGGUUUUGGUUUGUCACGGGACGAAACUUUUGCGAACAGCAGGAUGGGUGCACCUGUCCCAAGCAACACUUGUUUGUACCUCCUGCGACAGCAAAGCCCGGUAGUAGCAUUCCGUCGAUUCCCUCUGCCGAGAUUUCCUGGCAAGAAGUUGCCAACUAUGGUGGCGCGCUGAACGAAGCCACUAGCAUGUUCACAGCAGCCUACUACAACAAAGACCGAAAACUCUACUUUGUGUCUUGUGGAGGCGCUUCAGGCCGCAAGAACAGCCAAUGCGUGUACUGGUACCCCAGCAAGGCGUUGGCCAAACGAGCUCUGGAGAGUGCCAUUGCAGUAGCUGAGGCAACUUUGCCGCCAGUGAUCAUAAAAGUGGAUUAGUUUGAUAGGCGUAACGUUCAGCGGUAGACUACCAUAAAUUUGGGGGAUCUGGUUGAUCUGAAUAACUUGUAUGGGUAGGUGGGUGAUGAACACUUCCAACUAACUUGACCUCCGUGGUUGCCCCAAAGUUCAAGAUCCAAUUGCAACUACCAGCUACCAGCUAGCUAUCCAAUUUCGGUGCCCCAAAGACCUAAGGUUAGGUACUCCGAAUAAUGGUUUGGUAAAAGCCAAUCACCCACAGCAUCUUGCUUCAAAUGACAGUUCUGCACUUGUUGUAACCCCUGAUCCAAUGGAUCCCUUUCCCAAGUAUUGCCUCCCAUCCUCUUAAGGCCUGGCCGACUGCUGAAGUAGCCAGCUGGUAGUCUACCAAAGUCAGGAGUUGUUGCUUUGUUGCUUUCGAGAUUGGGACUGCCCAUUUAAUUAUUUUGUGAGCUCCAACAACCCAUUGUCAAAGCAUCGCAAAAGAACACUCUUUGGUUGUCCACUAUGUCACGAUUUCGAAGAUUCAUUAAACCACCAGAUCUCCACGAUGCAUUCUUUCAUGUGUAUGGCUACUCCGUUGUACUUUCUCUUGGAUAGUCGAUGCUGAGCUGGAGUGAACCUGUGAAAUCAGGUGCCCUCAAAGAGAUAACAGCAAGGCAUUGAUCGUGCCGAGUUUU